ACACCGGACCUUUACUCAUAUCCCAUGGCCGAACGGAGACAAGCCUAACACCCGGCGUAAGAACAAGGAAUCGGCUACCGCCCUGCGGCAUGUUGGCUACUCCCGCCCCGACACCUCCAACAAGCAUGGACACGGAAGAAAUCGCCACAGGACAAGACUGGAAAGUCGUAGGUGCGCCAAACCAACGACUCGAAGAACAUAUAACUGUGAUAAUCAAACUCACAGACGGCACAGACCUAAGUAAGUUACCACCCGAUGCUAUAGGACGAAGCCUUGUACAAGCGGCGGCACUCACCACGGCCGAAAAAAAGGACACCUACGUAAAAGUGAGAGUCAUUCCGAACCUCAUUGCGAUAGACACGUACCGCACGACCGCAGCAGAGAAAUUCCUCCAUCUACGCCAAAUACUAGUCCUGAACAAACAACACCCCAUUCUCGCCUAUAAAACCAGUGGAAAUAACACAGUCAAGGGUGUUAUACACGGUAUCCAAAUGUCCGUUCCAGACGAAGAAAUUCAACAUGAACUUGAGAUCCAAGGAACCAAGGUCCUAGAAGCUCGGAGAAUAGGCUCAUCCCACUCCGUACUUGUCGUCAUCGAGGGAACCCGCCUUCCUAGAUUCGCUCUCUACAGCAGAGUAGUCAUGAGGCUCCAUCCCUACACCCCAAGGAGCCUCCUCUGCAGCAACUGCGCCACCAUAGGUCACCGAGCAGAUGUCUGCCCAAACAAACUACACUACCAGAGAUGCUUACAAUGCGGAACUAAACUUCCACCUGACCCCAACGGGAUGUCAGAGCACAACUGUGAAAUCCAAUGCCAAAACUGCAGCGGAGAACACCCGGCAGACUACCCACAAUGUCCAGAGCAACUCAAGCACCCAAUGGCCCAGGCUUCCGACUCGCAACAGCUUCGCAAUGCUCGGAGACACCGAAAGAUCAAGAAGCAGGAGCAAAAACCCACAAGAACAAAACUGCGACCACCGCGACAAACAAGCGAAAGACCAGAACGAAAGGCCACGGCAGCCCCUCAGGGAAACCCCACCGGCACUACAGAAGACGACGGCAUCACCCCACUUCAACAGAGGGAGCUGGAGGCUAAAGAAACGCCGUCACAAAUCAACAUCGUUAGAGCAAUGAAAGCAGUUAUCAUCCUGGACAAACCCGUGACUGAAACAAACACAACACAAAAUGAAACCACAAUGGAAAUACUUAAAAAACUAGACUCCCUUCAAAGGGAACUACAACAGAGAAACGAACUCUUUCAAAAGGAAUUCCAAAAAAGGGACGCAAUCAUACAGAGUAUGCAACAAGAGCUCCAGAAAAGAGAUACCCUUUUUGCUGAACAAUUCGUCAACCUCGAAAUCGGACACAGGCAGCUUGAAAGCUCGCUCAUUAAAUUAGAAUCCGUACUUAAUUCUUUGAGAAAAAGACCCCAAACACCGAUCCUUGACGUCGAAAGUAGCCCAUACAAAGUAGUUAUCACAGAGGAUACCAACCAGGGCACUGAGACAACUAAGAACCAUGAAUAA